GUCGAAAUUCCUGAACUGCUGGUGCGCUUUAGCUUCAACGACACUGAGCCAUGCUAUCAGAACUCCGCACGCGUAUUUCGCUUUAUCUUCCAGCAGCUGACGGAGCCUCCUCAGCAAAUCCAAAAUUACGCUAUAAGGUAUCAUCGUAAGGCUGGGAGGGAAAAGCAGCUGCAAAAUUUACCGGCCGCAGUGGAAGUGACACUCCAGGAUUUUGCUUUGGAUUUGAUCGGGUUAGGCGAUCCCCAGUUGAGGCUUGGAAAAAGAGCGGCAAAUGAAAGGACACGCUUCUACAUCGAGCUUGGCGAAAACGAAAAGGAACGCCAGAAGAAAUUAGACGAGUUGUUAGCCGAUUUUGAUUUAUACAAAUCCGAAAUACUAAAAGGGAUGCAGCUUGCCUUGAGGGAUAUCAGAUAUUACGAAUACGACAUUGAAAAAAAAACAGUGGCUGUCACACGCGAAAAGAAGAAGAACAGCACCAGAAACUAA